GAUGAGCGCUUUUGUUUGCACAAGAAUCAGAAUAAGAAUAGAUAGUAAACACAUGGUAUGUUUACAUAGGAAUUGUCACCAGCAACGCCCAAAAUUCCAUUUGGACAGUGAAGCAACGCCUACACUUAGCGUUAACAGGUCUCUCUUAAGCAGAGUUUAAAGUAAGGUUAUAGAACUGUUUUAAAUUGAAACAAAAUGAGUCAGUCCUACAAUACAAUAGAAGAGGAUGAGCCUAUUAAACCGACAAAUGAACAGCAGAAGUGUUCUUGUCCAUGUUUGGUCGCAGCGUUGGCUGCAGUGACUGUAAUUACGAUAAACAGUGUAUCGUUAGCUACACCUGCUUGGAUACAAAGCUACUCUGUAAACGCGGGACUUUGGCAUAUUUGUUAUAGCGGUGGAUGUCACGAUUACACAAGUGUACAAGCAUACAUUAAAGUUGUGCGUGGCUUUCUGAUUUCAUCUAUUGUUUUCGUCACAAUAACAACAAUAUGGUCUUUGAUUGGAAUUUGUAGACAUAAGUCAAACUUAAGAAAGAUCGGACAGAGUCUUGGGAUUUUAUUCUUUUUUGCCUGUGUGGCGAAUACAGUUUCAGCUGGUGUCUUCACGACUUGGUACCCAAUGGAAACAGGACAGAGCUUUGGAUAUUCAUAUAUUCUAACAUGGGUAGCAAGUGGAAUUUGCUUUUUAUCUGGAAUAUACUCUUUUGCUGCAUCUUACUGACCUUGAAGCAUAUUUGUCACUCUAUCGUUCAUUUAACGACCAGUACUUGUAUAUAUAUAUAAAUAUAUGUAGCAUCGUGUGUAUUGCACAUAUAUAUAAUGUUUAGUUUACGCAAUAUAUAGU